CCGCUCCAUGGCGACUCUAGUCGUGUGAGGCGCGUCAAUACAGCAUCGUAUCCAUGUUGCUUACUCUAAAGUGGUAGGCGAGUGAGUGUGGUUUGUUUUGACAUGAGAUAGCAAUAUCAAGUGAAUAUGGGCACCCUGACGGUCAUAGAAAAUAUUAAACCGAAGGGUUUAGGAGUUCGUCAUGCGCAAACGUUUCUACUUUUCUUGGCGAUGCUGUUCGCGUUCAGCAUGCGAGUCAACAUGAGCAUGGCCAUCGUGGACAUGACGAACUCUGAAAAUGACAAAUACUUCGAUUGGAGUUACGGCGUGCAGUCUAUGAUCCUGUCAUCCUUCUUCUGGGGCUACGUAUUUCUACAAAUCCCAGGAGGCGAGCUUGCCAAAAAAUUUGGGGGGAAGAUCCUAAUUACUAUUUCAAUAUCUGUCAACUCACUAUUAUCACUUGCAAUGCCGAUUGGUGCGAAAUAUGGUGGCUGGCAAUUUGUGGUUGGAUGUAGAGUAUUGCAAGGCCUAACGCAAGCAUUCGUGUACCCAUCAAUGCACCAUCUCGUAAGCCAAUGGAUACCCCUGGAGGAGAAAGGAAGAUUGAGUACCAUCAUAUAUGCUGGUGGACAGCUCGGCAUCGCUCUUCAGCUCAUCGCAGCAGGUUUUCUAGCUACAGCCUGGGGUUGGCAGGCAAUAUUCUACGCCAAUGGUACCCUGGGAGCUAUAUGGACGGUGGCAUAUUUGUACUUCGGCUCAGCGUCACCAGAGAGUUCAAAAUUGAUAUCUGAAGAAGAGUUGCGGUAUAUCCAGACAUCGUUGGGACGAGUUGGAGGAGCGAAGAAAUACCCAACACCGUUCCGCAAGAUCGCUACUUGCCUUCCGUUCUGGGCGGCUGUAAUCGCUCACUGCGGUCAAAACUGGGGCUUCUUCACCCUCAUGACAGAGAUGCCAACAUACAUGGCGAAGGUUCUAGAUGUUAACCUUACCAAGAACGGCGUGCUAUCAUCGCUACCAUAUUUGGCUAUGUACAUCCUUAGUUUCCCAAUGGGAACCAUGACGGACCUUAUCAUCAGACGAGGAUGGCUGAGCGUUACAAAUACUAGGAAACUCUUCAACUCUAUUGGUCUGUGGGGACCAGCGCUUGCUCUCAUUGGUCUGUCCUACACUCCUGAAGGCAACAUGCUGCUAGCGGUUAUAAUGCUUACCAUUAGCGUGGGUAUUAAUGCCGGGCAGUACACUGGAUAUAUGCUGAUCUCAAUAGAUCUGGCACCGAACUUCAGUUCCUCUCUCAUGGGCAUCUCUAACUGCAUUGCCAACAUCAUAUCUAUCAUUGCGCCGAUGGUCUGCGGCGUGAUUAUACAAGAUGAGACUGAUCCAUCCGAAUGGCGUAAAGUUUUCUUCUUGGCAUCAGGAGUUUACUUCUUCACUAAUUUGUUCUUCAUUCUCUUCACUACGUCCACAAGGCAGCCAUGGAACGACCCCGAUGAGGAAAUCGGAGACGUUGAAAAGAAAACCCCAGAAAAGGCUAGCAGCGUCCAUAUAUGAACGAGAUAUUUUAUUUUAUAAUAUAUGAAAUUUUAUUUAUUUUUGUACCUGAAAAUAAUAUUAUAGAUGUAAAUAAAAAUCAUCAUCAUCA